GAUGAGUUGGGCUGUACACCGAGUGUAUCGAGCUGAAUUCGUGGUGUGCUGGCGUAUGUCGAGCUGGGCUGUUAGGGUGUGGGUCGCACACUGUAUGUCGGGCUGUUCUGCCGGGGUGUACCCGCGUGUGCGCGCUCCCGCCCCCGCUCCCUUGCGCUACGUGGCCGGACAGGAGCUGAGCGGGAGCGACGUCUGUGGGAGCGGACGGCGGUCCGGAUCCGAACCCGGCGACAGGCGGACAUCCCGACGGUAAAGAAUGGUCCUGAGGUACCACAUGCCAACUAUGUGAUAGAACAGAGCUGAUCGAUCUCCAAAAUAACAAUGGACAUACAGGAACCAGGAAAGUCCAAAGAUGAGAAAGUAUUGGAAGAAAAGGAGGGGCCAAAGAAUGACCUGUGGAUGCUGAAUAGCACCCCGCUGGACAUUAUUGACAUUGGAAAAGGGUUGAAGAUGCAGUCAGAGAGACCCCACCUCGUGAGUCUCGGGCGCGGACGGCUGAGCAUUGCCAUCACACUCAUCCCCAUUAAUGAAGGCUGCAUUCUGUGCCUGGGCCAGUCCAACUACUUUCGCUUCAACCAUCCUGUGGAAGCAAAGCGGAUAAAGGACAUGAAGCCUGACAAUGCGAGCAUCUCCACACCUGGUCACUCCACAGGUCUUGCCAACGGCCAGGUCUUGGCACACUCACCGGCCCUGCGAGUGGCAAGCGGCGGAGGUCUCCUGGACGCAGAGGCCAAGCCAGUGAAGUCUACUCGACACAGCCCAGGACCCGAGGCUCAGGCCCCCCACGCUGCUGAUGGACGGCCCUCUCACAGCUCCCGGCUGGCCUCUCCCCUGCUUCCUCCAGCCCAGCUGCAGCCUGCUGGCACCUCCCAGCAGCUGUUCCUCUCCAGCUCUCCGAUCCCACUGAAUUCCCCACGGACCCCCUCCUCUAACCAACCUUGGGGGAGGUGGGGCCCGCCCAGAAGCCAAGAGCCCUUCUAUGGCUGGGAUGACAGUCGGUGGCCAGAAAGGGCUGGUUGGAGCUCAAGUCGGGGGAAGGAGUCGGCCAGCAUGCCCUCUAGCCCCAGGAUGGGCCGUAGGCUGCAGCUGACACCUGGCCUCCCUGAUUACUGGUACAUAGGGCAGGAGAGGGCUUCUGGGGCCCUUCCUCGAGCCAGGCUGGGUGCUGGGGGCGGUCUGCAGCAGAUGGGGGUUCACAGCCGCUCACUGCCCAAGCUGCAUGGGGUGACUGAGGCCCAGCUGGUCCCCUUUGCCCCAAUCCCAUCCUCUAUUGGCCCUAAAGGGCUCCCUGUCCACCCCUUCCCGAGGCUGGGGUCACGGCAGCAUCGUUCGGGCCUGGAGGCCGAGGGGGCAGGCAUCCUGAGGAGUGGCCCCGGGGCAGCCCCGAGCUCGCGAGGGAGGGACAGUCCCCUGGGCCGCAGCUGCAUGCAGAACGGGGGCUUCUUCCCAGGGUCGGAGCCCACAGCUCGGAACUGGAGCCUCCCUGCCAGUCCACUGCACUUCCAGGGCUGCGAGGGUGGGAGGCCCCUGGGCCAUCGUUGCCCCUCGCCCAGCUUCCGUCAGCGUGCUGGCAGCAUCAGCUCCCUCGGGGGCAAUGAGGAGGACCUGGUGGACUACCACCAGCGGCAGAAGGAUGAGAGGCUGCGUGAGCAGGAGAUGGAGCGUCUGGAACGGCAGCGUUUGGAGACAAUCCUGAACCUCUGCACGGAGUAUAACAAGAUGGGUGGUUGCACAACUGGGACGGCGGUGAGCAGCAUUGAAAAGAUCGGUGAAGAGCUGCACAGGCUGUCGCUAACUCAGAGCAGAGGCUGCUCACCACAGCUGGAGUUCAGUUCCCGCAGUAGCGGUGAGAGUGACACCAGAGCGAAGCUGAGAGCCUCACCGUGCGCCUCCUCUGUGUUCGACUUCCCUCCUUCCGGGCGAAGGUCGAGGAGGAACUCCGGUUCCAUGGAUGCGGGCAGAUGCGAGGAGCUGACCCGCACACAGCUGGGGCAGCCUCGGGCGCUGUCGUCUUCCAGUGCCACUGAAACCUCCCCCAAGUAUCCAGCUGCUUCCACCUCGUCCUACUGUCUGAAGCCCCAGCUCCAGCAAAAUGACCUGGCAGAGAGGUUAAAUCAGUUUGGUGAUGUUCGAGAAGGAGGUGCCAUGGUUCCGGGUAACGUGGAAGACAAGAUAUUGGCAGAGAUGAACAUGAAGGAAAGAUUUAACCAGCUGGAUGAAGAAUGCAUGAGUAUCCUAAAUAAGGUGGAAGAGAUUAACCUGAAGAUCAAAGAGCUGGACAACCAAAUGGAAGAAUCUUCACAAGAGAUGGAGAUGGAACGAGCUUUAUUGGAAGCUGAACAGGAUUCAGAGAUGUCACAUGUUCAAUAUGAAAAGGAUGUGCUUGAACAACUACACAAAAAGAUGAAUGACCUGGAGGAGGCUGGUCUUACACCCAAAACGGCGCAGGAUGGUGAACAGACAGAUACUGAUGUGAAACGAUACGAGGACCUGGAGUUUCAGCAGCUGGAGCAGGAGAGUAGACUUGAGGAGGAGAAGGAAAUGCUGUGCAAACAGCUGCUGAGUGAGAUGACCGAGUACCAGAGGAGCAUUGUCACCAGGGAGAAAAGGAUUGUGUCGUUGAGGAAUCAGGCCCAUCAGAUUGUGCAGCAAGCCCAGCUGGAGCACCAGCACUUCACAAAGGAGAAGAACAACCUGCUGGAAAUGCUGCAGAGAGAAAAAGAGAACCUGACGAGUGUGGAGAAGGUCUACUGUGCAAACACCGGGAGGACCAGACUUCCUAUCAAUCCAAAUAUACUCAAAGAGAGCUUCCGCACUCUGGAGGACAGGAAGACGCAGCAGAAAGAAGGUACUUACCAGAGUGACACAGUGCCAAGAAAGAAGACCAGCUCAGGUACUGUGUCGAGGUUCGGUAGUUCGACUCUGGGCCGCAGUUCCACCUCUCAGAGUCACUUAACUCUGGUGCAAAGCAACAGCUGUGGCAAUAUUUCCCCUCACAACACCACAGCAAGUGUGAAGGAGCUGGACAUCAGAAGGCUUCAAUGUCACAAAGGACCAGCCUUGCAUUCGAAGGGGACUCGCAGGAAAGGACCCCGGCUUCACCGUGCCACCGAGGAGCAGAGAGUGAAAUCCCAGGUCCAAACUCGCACUGGGCUGGAGCAAGCCCUCUGUACUGACAAUGGCUGCAAGGACAGUGCACUUGAUGCCCUCAGCUUGGGCAGCUCUGACAGUGCAGACACCAACUUGUCUGCGUGUUCCCCUGACAAUAUUUCCAGCGCCAGUACGUUCAAUGUUGCAAAACUUGAGGAGAUGGAACGUCUUCUAAAGGAGGCUCAGGCUGAGAAAGCAUGGCUCAUCGAGAGCAAAGAGCGGGAAAUGGAGGCGAAGAAACAGGCGUUGCAAGAGGAACGGUGCCGCAGAGAGCAGCUGGAGAAAAGGCUGCAGGAGGAGACAGAACGCAGGCAGCAGCUGAUCGAGAAGGAAGUUAAACUGCGAGAAAAGCAGCGAUGGCAGGCCAGGCCGCUGACUCGCUACCUCCCGGUCAGAAAGGAAGACUUUGACUUGCGAGCCCAUAUUGAAGCAGCUGGACACAACAUUGAGACUUGCUACCAUGUGUCCCUCACGGAGAAGACCUGCAGAGGCUUCUUGAUCAAAAUGGGUGGCAAAAUUAAAACCUGGAAGAAACGCUGGUUUGUUUUCAACAGGACUAAACGGACCCUCUCCUAUUAUGCAGACAAACACGAAACCAAAUUGAAAGGAGUGAUCUAUUUCCAAGCCAUCGAGGAGGUGUACUAUGACCAUUUGAAGAGUGCGUACAAGAGCCCCAAACCUUUGCUUACCUUCAGCGUGAAGACCCGGGACAGAAUCUUCUACAUGGUGGCACCAUCUGCUGAGACCAUGAGGAUCUGGAUGGAUGUCAUAGUGACAGGAGCUGAAGGUUACACCCAGUUCCAGCUCUAGAGGAGGCUUCCUGUCUUUAUAACCUUAUUCUGCAUGCAAAGCGUUUUGAAUUAUUUAUGAAACAAGACUCUUUGCUACAGAUCACUGCUGGAGAUCUAUCUAUGUUAUCUCAAACUUUUGACAAUCAUACACAGGUUAAAGUAUUACAGUAUUAACUUGCUUAAAUUGGAGCAAGGUUUGCUUUGGAUGUUGUGAAAGAAAGAGAGCCUUUGUGACUGAGAAGUACCCGGGUUAAGGAAUAUACCUUGGUGUUUGAUUACAUGAGAUGAGUGAAUGAAGCCCAGUUUAUGGGGAGGGGGUGGUGUGUGUGUAUUGCUCAAAGUACAUGUGACAGCCAUGUCAAAGUGCAUGACUGUAUCUCUGGUUGGCAUGAAUGCCUUCAUGCGUGGUGCAAUUUUCAGCCUGGAUAGAACGUCCUCUCGUGUCCCUGCUCUGACUUCGGAAUAUGUGCCCUAAUAUGCAGUGGUCCUUGUGAGGGUGUUGUAGCUGUACUGCUUUAGAGAGAGCGAGGGAGAGGGAGGGAGGGGGGGGAGGAGGGAGGGAGGGGGAGAGAGAGGGAGAGAGAGAGUGUGUGUGUGUGUGUGUUUGUGUGUGAGACUAUUCCUGCGUACACCCCCAGAUGAGUGUGAGUGUGCAAGCCCAGUGAAAACCCACGAUUAUGCAGCUCUGCCUCAGUAUUUGUAACUUGCUCAGGCUGUAUUACCUCAGCCAUAUGUGUCCUCCUUAUGUGGUGAACCAGCAAUCAGUAGAGAUGGAAAACUUGUUUAAAAAUGGUCAGAGAAAGUAACCUUGCACAUUUUGAAACCAUACUCUUCAGGACCACAUAUUACACAGUGCAGAUGUUUCUGUAGUCAGCGCUUUCUCUGCAGUCUCCCAGAUGCCAACGUUAGUCUGGAUCAGCUCUCUACCACAGCUAAGGCAACCAGGGGACCCAUCCCCUGUGUGUAUGAAAGAGCCCAGGAUCUGGACUGACAUGGCAUUGGUGAUUUGUCCAGCAAGAGAACUCUUAUUUUUGUUUUUUUAUCUUUUAAAGUUUAAUUGUUAUUUUUAUUUAAACAGCCUGUUUUUAAAUGAUAUUAGUAUUAUUGAAACUAAAGAUCAGGUAGCAGGUAUAAUCUUGCCAACAGUGACUCUGGCACCUUGUGGGCAGCCUCUGUAGUUUUACAUUAAUAUUGCACUCUACUAAUGUGCAGAGUUUUCCAAAGGAAUGGAGCUUCACCUCCAACAGAUACCUUUGUUAUUGCAAUCAGACUGACAGAAAUGAGUAACUGAUGGCAAAUGUCAGCAUGUCGCAUUGCUCUUUCUGAAAUCUGCUCGUUCACCCCUCUCAGAGCCAAAAAAAACAAUUGUAAUCUGCCUGAAGCCAGAGGAGUAUAGUCACUGACUUCAUUGUAUCCUGAAAUUAUAGUUCAUAUCUUAAACUAAACAGACAUUUCCACAAUUCAGAGCUGUGGAAAAAGUCAGAGGUUUUGGUUGAUGUUGUCAAUUGAUGCUACAUUCAGGAAUCACUGCUGCCUCUAUCAAGUGUUGAUGCUUUAUUCUCCAUGUGGAAUAAUGAAGUAUGAGCAACAUGUGGCCUGUACCUUCACAACCCACAGCUCAUCAGACAGAUCUACAUCGGUGGAACCCUCUCUACUUGUCACUGCAGCAACAGAAAGCAUUGCAGAAUUCAGUUCUCCCCUUAGCUCAAAGGAUCAGCAAUAAUUUCUUAGAGCUAGGGUGGCCUAAUUUAAACUUUAUUUGGUGGCUUUUUAUUAAGUAUAUGGAGGAAGUGUUUAAUACUAGGAAUAUAACUAAAAUCCAGUGUGUGGGCAACUAAUGCCAACUUCCAUAUUCCAUGAAAAGACACAUGUAAAGCUUUCUGGUCCCAGUCCAUUCAUCGUCCUUAUUGAGGCUCCCUCCCACCCACCACCCACAAUGCCCAUUGAAUGGAAGUUCCUUUCUGCCCUUUACUAUCCUUCGGGGAGAGGCCAAUGAGGAUCAGUUGGUGUCACUGAUCUUUGAAUGCAAGUUAUUUAAACGGAGUUGAAAGCAGUUAAGGUGGGAAAUCUUACUUUGCCUGAUUCUUAUAUAAUGGGCAAAAUUUGUAAUCAAAUGUCAGAGAAUUUAUUUUAUCACAAAGCUUUUAACUAAUUUUAUCAUAAACAGCUGUUACCAGUUUAGUCAUUUUAACAGCUGCCCUGUGUACAUGUAUCUAAGCUCAUUAUUUAUUCUCUAUUACUUUAAAAUAUAAUGAAAUUUUAUAUCUUGCACACUCUUGAUUAUUUCCUAUUUUAAAUGUCUUUAUAUGGUUGCAUCUUUUAUGGAAUCUAUAAAUUUGAAUAAAAUACAACAAUCCUA